AAACGCCAUUGUGGUUUCCAUAAUACGGUCUUGUUUAUGUUUGUGGUUGUAUCAUUUGCUGUUUUUCGCUUCAAUUCUAGUGAUUUGGUUAAGGUGAAUGAAGACGAUGCCUCCCACAAAAAUUCUGCAGUAUGAUGAAGAAGUUAUGACAAAAGCCCUGGAUGACGUGAUGCGUGGGGUUCCUGUGUACGCGGCUGCUAAGAAGUACAAAAUACCCCGCUCUACACUUCGGAGCAAGGUCAAAGGGAUCAACCCAAUAUCAAGAAAAAUGGGAGCCCGUACGGCUUUUACGGCCGAUGAGGAACUGAAAAUUGAGGAAUGGGUCCUUGAAUUAGCGAGAAAAGGAUUUCCCGUUUCGAAAGGAACCUUUUUAAUAAGCAUGCAAAGAUUAGCCGCUCAAUUAGGGAAGGACAUUUUCCGUGAUAGGGUUCCAUCCAAAAAGUGGUAUGGCAGUUUUAUGAGUAGACACCCUCGGAUUUCUAAUCGCGUUGCCCAAAAUUUAACAAAGAGCAGGAGCUCAAUAACAAACGAACAAUUAGACGGCUGGAAGAAUGACGUUUAUACGUAUUUAGAGGGAAACGGAUUGGCGAGCGUCUUGGAUGACCCCAAACGCGUAUUUAACGCUGAUGAGACAGCAUUUUUCUUGCAACCAAAAGCCGGAAAAGUUAUGGCUGAACGCGGUUGUAAAAAUAUUUAUCAAGCGGUUGGUAAUAACGAGAAAGAGUGCAUUACAGUUCUCUUUACGGGCAAUGCUAAUGGAGAUCUUGCACCACCCUUGGUAGUCUUCCGUUAUACACGUAUUCCGCUCCAUAUCACCGUAAAUGUGCCCACAUCAUGGGCUAUAGGAAAAAGUGAGCAGGGAUGGAUGACCUGCGCAAUUUUUUAUGAGUACAUUGGAAACCAGUUCAUUCCAUGGCUGGAAAAAGAAAAGAUAGUGCGGCCAGUACUAUUUUUUGUCGAUGGCCACGUCUCCCAUCUAUCUAUGGAGGUUAGUCAGCUUUGCAGCCAAAAUGACAUCGUUUUAGUGGCCUUAUACCCCAACGCUACCCAUUUGCUGCAACCGAUGGACGUCUCCGUAUUUCAUACGCUGAAAGCUUCGUGGAAGGAGAAAGCUUUACAACAUCGAUUAAGCGGUGGUGAAGUGUCAAAAAGUAAUUUUUGCGCCUUACUUGAUCAACUUUUAUUGGAUGUGUAUCGGCCAGAAAUUUUGGCAAAUGGGUUCAAAAAAUGUGGGUUAGUGCCAUGGAACCCUUUGGAAGUCACUGUUAGGCCUGCUGCGCCACCGAAGGCAACUGAACCCAAUACAGAAACUAAUUUGUGCUGUCCUAAUUGUAUUCCGUGGCUGAAGACAGUAAUCGGGGCAGAAAAAAUUGCUUCUUUUAGUGGGAAUAAAGAUUCCAUCCCUGUUACCGACCAUUCCCUGUACGAGCUAUGGAAGAAGGUGACAACAGGAUUAGAAAAAAAUACUGUGACUAUUUUGGAAGCCCCUUUAGCAAAUGCAGAGGAUCCUGUUGAAGACGGAAUGGAAAUUCCUGCUCCUUUGGAAGUUUCUGCUCCUUUAGAUCCUGUUGAAGAUGGAAUGGAAAUUCCUGUCCCUUUAGAAGUUUCUGUUCCUUUAGAUACUGUUGAAGACGGAAUGGAAGUUCCUGCUCCUUUGGAAGUUUCUGCUUCUUUAGAUCCUGUUGAAGAUGGAAUGGAAAUUCCUGUCCCUUUAGAAGUUUCUGUUCCUUUAGAUACUGUUGAAGACGGAAUGGAAGUUCCUGCUCCUUUGGAAGUUUCUGAUCCUUUAGAGGCUUCGGGAACUCCUAUUCCUUCUACAUCAUCUUAUAUCCCGUCGCCUUUUAAAAGAUGCCUUUUCUGGCCAAAGGAAAGUACGGUACCGAAAAAGAGAAGGUCGAAGGAAAAAAUCCCUUCGGUGAUUUCAUCCCCUCAGUGGCAGGAGUAUCACCAGAAAAAGUUAAAUCUGAAGAAACAGAAAGAUGAGGAGAAACAAAAACGAUUGGCGGCUAGGCUUAAAAAGAGGCAAGAAAAAGAGGACGAGAAGUGCAAAAAAGCCGCGAGGCGCCUCUUUACCUCUUCUAGAAAAACUAAAGAAAGUGAAGAUUCAGAUGCUUCAUCAAAUGACGAAGCUGGGAGUUUGAAAUCGUCGUCUGGAGGUGAAUGGGAUGAAAAAAGCUCAGGAUCCUCUGAUAAUGAGCUGCAAGCCCCAAGGAAGGAGGUUGGGGAGUAUGUUGCCGUAAGAUACGAAAAUAAGAUUUUUCCUGGUAGGAUAAUCGUUGUCAAAGAAGAUGGAGUCGUCGUGACUGCCAUGGUGCGUCAUGGGCGACUGUGGAAAUGGCCUCAAAGGGAGGAUCGGUUAUUUUAUGCUUGGGACGAUGUUGUGGGCAAAAUAAAAACGCCCACCAAAUUUAGUUCAACUAGGGAGAUUUAUGAUGUGCCCCAGGUUGCAAAUCUUUAAUUUCUUUAUUCUAAUUAAAAUAAAUGUGUUAUUAUUUUUGCU